AUGGUCAGCUCCUGUUGUGGCUCUGUCUGCUCUGAGGAGGGCUGUGGCCAAGGCUGCUGCCAGCCCAGCUGCUGCAGGCCCAGCUGCUGUGUGUCCAGCUGCUGUAGGCCCAGCUGCUGCAGGCCUAGCUGCUGUGUGUCCAGCUGCUGCAGGCCCAGCUGCUGCCAGUCUGUGUGCUGCCAGCCCACCUGCUGUCGCCCCAGCUGCUGCAGACCCUCCUGCUGCCGCCCCAGCUGCUGCAUCUCCAGCUGCUGCCAGCCCUCCUGUGGUGGUUCCAGCUGCUGCAGUCCUUGCUGCCAGCCCUGCUGCCGCCCCUGCUGCCGCCCCUGCUGCUGCCUGCGUCCAGUCUGUGGUCAGGUCUGCUGCCAGAGCACUUGCUACCGCCCCACCUGUGUCAUCUCCACCUGCCCCCGCCCCAUGUGCUGUGCCACCCCUUGCUGCUGCUGA